AGGACGUUUUCCCAACGUUCCCUCAUGAUGAACACCUUUUUUACUGAGUUGCGCUUCCAAGUCUGAAUCUGCUACCCCAAUGGCCCACCUGUCGGCAGACGUGUUUGGGGACUCCUUCAUGCACUCUGGGGAAGCCAGUCCAUCGACGCCCAAGCUCCAGUUGCAUCUGUCUAUCCCAAUACCUUCUCGUGACCACACGUAUUACAUAGCAGACGGUAAUACCGUGCUGCUUGUCGAGAAUACGCUAUUCAAGGUUCACCGAUCGACACUGACCAAAGAUGCUUCAACGUUCGACAGCAUGUUUUCCCUUGACUCGGAUCUGCGCUCUAGCUCUCACGUACAGUCUGUCAAUUCGGCCGUAACGACUGUCGGACCUGAGGGCGAAAACGACGACAACCCAAUUAGGUUGCAGGGUGAUACCGCAGAUCAGUUCCGGGCCCUAUUGUGGGCGUUGUACUCGCUGCCCCACGAACUUUCCGUCGCGUUGACCCCCGAAGCAAAUCCUUCGCAGCUAUUCAACCUCGCUCGCAUAUCUCAUAAAUACGAGUUUCGGUCCAUAGAGGCAUGGGCACUGAAUGCUCUGACGCAAGUAUACACUCGACCGAUGCAUUCUCCCAGCAUUAAAGAAUUGGAUGGACCAACCUUAGAGCAACUCACGGAGCUUGCUUCUCUUUGCGAACAACGUGAUCUGCUGGAGGCUGCUACGCAGAGGUGGAGAAGACGCAUUGCCUCCGGCAAAGACAUUUCCCUUGCUAUCAACGUCGCCGAACGACUCAACUUGCGCGCCCUUCUCGGACGGGCAUAUUAUGCCAUGUUACUACAGGGACGCGAAGUCUGGGAUGCGGACGGGUACCUCACGCGGACGCAGAUUAUCCGAUUGCUUUCUGGUCAUUAUGCUCUUGGCCGACUUUGGGAACGUCUUCCGAAUGAACCCCCGCCACUCACUCACAGUUCCCGGUGUAUGGGUGCUGCUCUGGUGCGGUGCAAUCAGACAUGGGCAGCGCUUUGGAAAUCAAUGAUGGACAUGGGCAGGCAGGGUGUGUUGCUGCAGUACCCUGAUGUGGAAGGGAAGCUCGUGCUUGCUGAGGGGAUGUUGAAAACGCUUAUGGAACGGGAUAUGCCGGCACCUGGAUUGCUGGAGGCCAUGCCGUGGUGUAAGGAGCAAACAUUGACAGCAACUGCUGGAAAGAUAAGGGAGAUUCAGGAGUCCCUGGUGGACUAUUUCACAGAUGUUUGACGACAUUUGUGACGGAUUGGUCGUGGAAUGCGGCACCAGGCCGCAUCGUGUAAUAUAUAUUUUCUUGUCAGUGGAAGUACUCGGAAUAGAGACAGUAGUGGGGUUGGAAG